ACUCUUGAGGCUCCAGGUCCCUGCCCUUGGCUCAUUUUAGCUGGGGCCUACGGUGGCCUGGCUCCCUGCCUGAGGACUUGGGCAGGGGCAGCCUGUGUCACUUCCAUGGUGGGAGCAUCCCCACUCCGUGCUCAGCCCAGGGAUGCUGAGCCCCAGCCCUGCCCCAGCCUCCUGCCAGGCAGGGCUCUGUGGGAUUCCGAGGCUGCUCGUGCUCAGCCACCCACCCAGGAUCCUUCAACAGCACCCGGCCAGGCUAAAGAGGGAACGUCGGCUGCCCAAGGUCACACAGCAGACACCCUGAGCCAGCUCCUGGACCCGAGACCUUGGCAGGAUGGAAGAGAAGCUAAAGAAAACCAAGAUCAUCUUUGUGGUGGGCGGGCCUGGCUCCGGGAAGGGCACCCAGUGUGAGAAGAUCGUGCAGAAGUAUGGCUACACCCACCUCUCCACUGGGGACCUCCUGCGCACUGAGGUCAGCUCAGGCUCGGCUAGGGGCAAGAAGCUGUCGGAAAUCAUGGAGAAGGGGCAGCUGGUGCCGCUGGAGACGGUGCUGGACAUGCUCCGAGACGCCAUGGUAGCCAAGGUGGAUUCUUCCAAAGGCUUCCUGAUUGAUGGCUACCCCCGGGAGGUGCAGCAGGGAGAGGAGUUUGAGCGGCGGAUUGGACAGCCCACGCUGCUGCUAUACGUGGACGCAGGCUCUGAGACCAUGACAAAGCGGCUCUUGAAGCGCGGGGAGACCAGCGGGCGCGUGGACGACAAUGAGGAGACCAUCAAGAAGCGGCUGGACACCUAUUACAAGGCCACCGAGCCUGUCAUCGCCUUCUAUGAGAAGCGUGGCAUUGUCCGCAAGGUCAAUGCCGAAGGCUCCGUGGACAGCGUCUUCGCCCAGGUGUGCACCCACCUGGAUGCCCUCAAGUAGCCACACUGGAGCCCUGCGCCCCACCCUGCCCUGGCCCACACCCACCUGGCCAUGGCACACAGGAAGCCACCUUGUCCUGAGUCGGGCCGCACCAGCACUAAAGGCAUUUCCAAGGACGUUUGGUUUCCUCCUCUUUCUUUGCUUCCAGUUGGAGUUGAUUUGUCCAGGGCCGGAGUCUGCAGCCCAUCGCCCACACCUCAGCCAGCCCCUUCCUCCUGCCAGGGACCCUGGCCCUCCUCACCUGGCCAUGGCCGGCCCAGGCGCCUGGGGGCCGGGGUCUCGCAUUCCUCUCCCCCUUGCAGUGUGGCCUCGGCCCUGACCCCUCGUCUCGCUGAGCUGUGUUUUCCGUGCUGACCCUUGAGGGGCCUGGACGGCAGCAGGCAGUGAAGUGGGCACUCUGGGCAGCGGGCAGCACACACCAGCCAGCUGAGGGCACAGUGGAUCGGCCCCCUGGGUGCCCAACACUGCGGGGGUCUGAGCAGGGCAUGCAUGCGGGACACGGUGGUGCACACCUGGGAUCCCAGCACUUGAGAGGCUGAGGCAGGAGGAUCACUGAAUUCGAGGCCAGCCUGGGGUACAUAGGGUACACACCCUGUCUCAGAAAACUGAAAAAAACGAGGAAAAAGGACACGGGAUGAAUGAGGGAGGCAUGUUUGGUGCCUCUCCAAGGUGGCCCUGCCCAGGGACCAGCCGCCCUCUGACCUCUUUCCAGUCUAAAACACAUUUGGUGUCCCCUGCCACCACCUUCAUUUGGUUCAGGACAGGGACAUGCUGAGCAAGGGGUGGGGGUUGGCAGUGACCAGAAACCAGAGCAGGGUGGCAGGGAUGUGCUGGCGACACCCAGGCCUAGGGGGAGCAACCUCCCUCCUCCACCCCCGCCCCGGCUCUGUCACCGAGGAAGGCUCAGUGUGGUGCUCACCAUUCCCAGCCCCUGUCCCGGCCUGAGAGCCCGGAAGGACACUGAGCGGGGCAGUGGCACUCAUUUUGUGUCCCCUGCUAGUGGCAAAGUGGCUGUGCUUUUCCAUUGACAUUGGUUAUUUAAACUUUCCUCCAAAAUAAACAUAUUUAAGUUACAAAGGUGAA